CCACUAUGCCUCUCUACAACGCCCCCUCAGGCCCCAUCAAAUACCCGGACAGCAAAUCCCUCUACCCAACCCUCCCGCGCGUCUCCCUCGCCCAAGCCCUCGGCAUCGGCGUCUCCGCCGGCAUCCUAGGCGCCAUAACCAUGGUCGGCACCUCCAAAAUCGAACAAUUCUUCACCCACCGCCCCGCAUCCUACGUCCCCGGCCGCACAAUCGCCACGCACUUCGGCCUCUCGGAUUUCUACUCGCGCCACCCGGACAUCUUGAACCAUGUGCAUCACGUCGGGAUGGGGAUCCUGGGCGGCAUCGUGCGCGCCGUGAUGUCGUAUUACGGCGUCAUUGGGCCGGUUGCGACGUUCUUGCAUUUGGGGUUGCGGGUGAUGAUGGAUCAGGCGGUGGAGAUGACGGCGGGCGUGAGUGAUUGGCCGUGGACGUGGCCGAUUAAUGAGCAGGUGAUUGAUCUGGGGCAUAAGGGGUGCUAUGCGGUCGUCGUGGGAUAUUUGUGUGAUAGGUUGGUGAGGGGCGUGGAUUGGUUCAAUUACUGAGGGAGGACUGGGAGACUGGGAGAAGAGGUGAAUGGGCGGCGGAGAGUGAGACUGCGUCCGGUACGAAUUCAGUUCUUGAAGUGUUCUACGCAAAAUGUUGAGGAGCGGAAAAGGGCGAUGUCCAGGUGUCUGGGUAUGUGGAUGGCAACAUUAUCACCUAGGGAACAACAACACAUUGUAAAUAGGCAACUGGCAGUUGAAGGGUAAGGGGUAUAUGCAUUUUUAGUCUUCCGAAGCCCGAAAAGGGAAAGAGGCGCCCCAGAGAAGCGCCAAUACUGAAGGUAAACAAAAUCCAAAUCUUAU